AUGGGCGACGAUAGAUACUACACUCUGGCCGAAGGCUGUCCCUUCGCAAACAACAAGACAGCUGUCUUGAUGCGAGGCAGACAGGGUGGCAGCCUUGGAUUGCUUCAGGAUACUCAGCUCAUUGAGACUCUUGCCCACUUCUCCCGGGAGAGAAUCCCCGAGCGUGUCGUCCACGCCAAAGCUGUCGGAUCAUACGGAGAGUUCGAAUGCACCCGCGAUUGCUCCGACUUCACCAGCGCCAGCUUCCUGAACAAGGCCGGGAAGAAGACUCCGGUUCUUCAGCGAGUGUCAACAGUCGGCCCCGAGUCCGGAUCUGCCGACACUUCGCGCGAUGUGCACGGAUGGGCCAUGAAGUUCUACACCGACGAGGGGAACCUCGACUGGGUGUUUAACAACACACCCGUCUUCUUCAUUCGCGAUCCCAUCAAAUUCCCCUCAAUGAACCGCUCCCACAAGCGACACCCUCAAACCCACCUUCCUGACGCCAACAUGUUCUGGGACUUCCACGUCGGUAACCCCGAAGGCAUCCACCAGCUUCUUGUACUGUUCAGUGACCGCGGCACUCCCCGGUCUGUCCGGUACAUGAACUCGUACAGUGGACACACAUACAAGUUCACCAAACCGGAUGGUACAUUUAAAUAUGCCAAAAUUCACGUCAAAACGCAACAAGGAAUUGAGAACCUCUCCUGCAAAGAGGCCACCAGGAUUGCCGGAGAGGACCCCGACUACAUGAUCCGUGACAUGUUUGAGGCUAUUGAGAGAGGCGAAUACCCCGUCUGGAACGUCUACGUCCAGCUGAUGAGCCCCGAAGAGGCCGAGAAGUACAAGUGGAACAUCUUUGAUAUGACCAAGGUCUGGUCGCACAAGGACUUUCCUCUGCAGCAGAUCGGUCGUCUGACCAUGAACCGAAACCCGCGAAACUACUUUGCCGAUAUCGAACAAGCUGCGUUCUCGCCAUCCACAAUGGUCCCGGGAUUCGCUGCGUCUGCUGAUCCAGUCCUCCAAGCACGACUCUUUGCAUACCCUGAUGCAGCCCGCUACCGUCUCGGCGUGAACUACCAGCAGCUCCCUACCAACGCCGCAAAAGUGCAAGUCUACUGUCCCUUCCAGCGUGACGGAGCCAUGCGAUUUGACGACAACUACGGCGGAGAUCCCAACUAUGUUGGCUCUUCUAUCAAGCCUACCAAGUUUUACCAAGACGGGAAGGGCGUGAGCGCAGCCUCGCUGGCUCUGCACACCGAACACGAGAAAUGGGCUGGGGACGUCGCGGCCUUCACCAGCGAGAUCCAGGACGAGGACUUUGUGCAGCCCGCACAGCUGUGGGAGGUUAUUGGGCGUCAGCCCGGUCAUCAGGAUAGAGUCAUUGAGAACCUUGUCGGCAGCAUCAAGGGCGUCAAGUACCCUGACCUUCGCAAGGGUGUUUAUGAUUUGUUUACCCGUGUCAACAAAGAUCUCGGGGCUACGCUGCAGCAGCGCACGGAAACGGCAAUCAAGGGUGCGUAG